AUGAAGCGUAGAGUCGGACCAGAGCUGCACCAGAAGCCUCGGAAACGUGUCUCAAGGCAGGAUCCCGUGUCUUGUGAAUCAUGCAGGCGCAAAAAACUGAAGUGUAAUCGACAACAGCCAUGCAGUAGUUGCAUCACUCGAAGAUUGCCAUGCAGUUAUGCCAUUAUACCGGCCGCGGCGGACACACAUAAUGUAGCAUCGGAUGAUGGAAGCCGAAGAGAAGAAGCCAUUCCAGGCCAGGGAGAUACGCCGGAGAUCCAGGAGAUACGAAGUGUGGAUGCACCCCCUGUUACGAACUCUCAACCAUCAUACCGCAGUCGGGAAUCACUGUGGACCGCGGACUGGCUAGAGAACAUUCACAUGGGUAACCGAGUGCCAACAGCAACACCAAAGCUGUUGAGAGAUGAACUUGAUGAGCUGAGGAACAAGGAUGAUCUUGUUCCUCCAGGGACAUUGCUCCCGGUUUCCUGCCGAAGUUGGAAUGCCUCACGGGAGAAUCCUGCGACACUCAAUUUACUAUCGUUUCUUCCCCAUAAACACGAGGCCAUGGCACUGUUCCGAUAUUAUACUAACUAUAUUGACUACCUUUACCAUAUCAUAUUUCCGAAGCGCGUGGAGGAUCAGAUAGAUGGUAUCUACCAAGCGAUUGAGCGAGGCCAACCGCCUAAUUUGAACCAUUUAGCCCUCUUUUUCAGCCUUGCCGCCAGCUCGUUGUUUUUACAGUUGUCCGUGGAGUCUUCCAUUCAUGCGGAGCUUUGCAGUCGCGAGUUCUCGUUUUUGACCGGCGCCGCCUUGAUUCAAAGCAACUACCCAGUUAACCCCACCGUCGAGGGCUUGCAAGCAGCAAUUGUGAUCAUGCACCACGCAUCCAAUAUGAGCUGCCAUCCAUCAGUCAGUGGUCUCUUCGUACUCAGUGCGGUUAUUAGUCAAGCAAAGAAUCUUAAGCUGCAUUGGAUCGAUUCACCACGAUUUCGGGAAGAAAGGGAGGCUAAUCCAUCGGACGUGGUGGAACUAGAGACCAAAAGGCGGCUUUGGUGGGACAUCGCAUCAUACGACUGGUUCCUUGGGUUCUUGAGCGGUCCUCAAGAGUGGACCUACCUGAUUAACCCAGAACACAUGAAGGUAGACCGGCCUCUCAAUCUUGACGAUAAUGAAUUUGAAGGGCAUGGAGGAUUGUCGCGACCAAUCUCGGCGCCGACGGACAUGUCCUUUUCUCUCGAGCGACUCAAGCUUGGUAUCGUAUGCCGUGAGGUUAUCGACGCUACAUCCCACGAACACCUCUAUGGAAUAGAAGUCAGCUACCAGAAGAUUCUUGAACUCGACAAAAAGUUUCACCAAGCUCUUGCGGAGAUCCCAGAGUUCUUCCGCCUUGAUCCGACCUCGAGGCGUCGAUUCGCGUCUCUGUACCAGAAUCGCCCCACCCUUGCAUGGCAAAGAUGUCUCCUACAACAAGCGUAUUUUUCACGCUUGUGUCGUCUGCAUCGGCAGUUUUUCAUCCGCGGAGCGCGUGAGUCGCUUUAUUCUUAUUCCCAUAUUGUAUGUCUCCAAUCCGCGCGAAAGGUCCUCGAGAUCAAAAGAAUCAUGGACGAAGACGAACCAAAGUUCACACCGCCAAGCUCGGUGGUCUGGUCUGUUAUGCAUCACGUAUUCAUGGCUGCUGUGAUCUUGCUGCUGGAUGUGUGUUUCAACUGGGACGAUAUAUUAGCUGAGAAGCGAAAGGAGGAAGUGCUUGAUGCCUGCCACAUGCUCAGUAACGCUCAGCUAUCAUCUUCACUAGUGAAAGAGGGUAUCAAUGCCAUGAUGAGUGUGCUGCAAAAGCACUGGAAACAUGGCAAGCUGGCUGCUUCUCCAAACCGCAAUUCAUCCUCAAAUGUAAACCCGGCAGGUUUCGACGCGCCAAAGCAACCCUUGCCUUCCACAUCCCGAACCAGUUAUACACCAGCAACCACGAUCGAAUUGGACCCACCGAGUGACUUUCCUAGCAAUGUGGAUGAUACGGGCCAGAGGCAAUUAGAAGAUAUAUGGUCUGAAAUGCUCGACAACAGUGCGAACCUCGACCUGGGCGAUACUGAUUGGACGGGGUUGUUGACCGAGUUGACUAAUGCCACUAUGCCUGGCUGA